GCGAGGCCUUCCGGAGAAUAGUCCUGCCUAAGAUUGCAGCGAAAUUUACCGAGGGGAAUCAACAGGAAGCAAAACCUUAAGGGUAGACUUCGGUGUUCUUGUUGCUGUUCGUUUUGCCUUUCUUAGGGGUGAAAGGCAUAACGAACGGGGUAAGCGAACACCAAAAGCCUACCGCUAAGGACCGUCAAGAUUCGACGAAGGAGACGAGCCAGAGAAACUCUCGCUAGAGCAGACGGUGAAACAAGUAGUGAGGAGCAUGGCGGACCUGCAGAGCGAAGAAGAAAGAAUGCGCAAAACUGGCC